CUGGAGAAGUUUGCGCGGCGGCUCGUGAGCGCAGGGUGCGGGCCCCGCCGGCCGCUGCGCGCCCGCUGCCAUGGCUUUCCGCAGGAGGACGAAAAGUUACCCGCUCUUCAGCCAGGAGUUCGUCAUCCACAACCAUGCGGACAUCGGCUUCUGCCUGGUGCUCUGCGUCCUCAUCGGGCUUAUGUUCGAGGUCACUGCCAAGACUGCCUUCCUAUUUAUUUUACCUCAGUAUAACGUUAGCGUGCCUACAGCAGACAGCGAAACUGUGCACUACCACUACGGACCGAAGGACCUGGUCACAAUCUUGUUCUACAUCUUCAUCACCAUCAUCUUGCACGCCGUGGUUCAGGAGUACAUUUUAGAUAAAAUCAGCAAACGGCUUCAUCUCUCUAAGGUCAAACACAGCAAGUUCAACGAAUCUGGACAGCUGGUCGUCUUUCAUCUCAGCUCGGUGAUAUGGUGCUUCUACGUGGUGGUGACGGAAGGAUAUUUAACAAACCCGAGAAGCCUCUGGGAAGACUACCCGCACGUGUACCUCCCGUGGCCUGGCCCACCCUCGCUCCUCCACACGUCCCCUCGGUUCCUGCCCCUUUCGUUAGGGAACAGCACAUUCAUGGACUGCUUCUCUGGUUUGCAGGAGGAAAUUCCCCGCCAGCUCCAGUACAUUUGUCUGUACCUGGUCCACAUAGCCGGAGCGUACCUCCUGAACCUGAGCCGCCUCGGCCUCAUCUUGCUGCUGCUGCAGUACUCGACCGAGUUCCUCUUCCACAUGGCCCGACUCUUCUACUUUGCAGAUGAGAACAACGAGAAGCUGUUUAAUGCCUGGGCUGCUGUAUUUGGGGUCACCCGCCUCUUCAUCCUCACCCUUGCCGUGCUGGCCAUUGGCUUUGGACUUGCUCGCAUGGAAAACCAGGCUUUUGACCCCGAGAAAGGGAACUUCAACACCUUAUUUUGCAGGCUCUGCAUGCUGCUGCUGGUGUGCGCUGCCCAGGCCUGGCUCAUGUGGCGCUUCAUCCACUCCCAGCUGCGGCACUGGCGGGAAUACUGGAAUGAGCAGAGCGCCAAGCGGCGAGUCCCACCUGCCCCCAGACUACCAGCCAGGCUCAUCAAGAGGGAAUCUGGUUACCAUGAAAAUGGAGUGGUGAAAGCAGAGAAUGGAACCUCCCCACGGACUAAGAAACUCAAGUCUCCUUAAGGCCAAAGUGCUGAGAACAGAAAUCCUCUUGUGGGGGCCGCGGGGCACAGGGGAACCCAGGCUUCUGUCACUGCCUCCCCCUUCCUGCUCGUGACGCGCCACCUCAAACAGCAGGAACCUGUCUUUAAACGGGGCUUUUCCCUUCUUACUUCUUGGCUUUCUCUUCUUCUUCUUGUUCUUGUUCUUGUUCUUCUUCUUCCAUAAACCAUGCUCAAUAAAACCAAAAAUCUUCCUCUUUCUCUCCCUCAAGCCACCUCAUGUCCUCACCUCUGUCCUGUGUUGGGUUUUCUAGAAGCACAGGUUCUCGUGGUUAUCUUUCUGCUGGCCUCUUCAUUUCUCUUCCUUCACGACUGCUUCUUUCUCUUUUUACUUCUUUUACCAUAUUGUGCAAUUUUUCUGUGUCUUGAUUUUUACAAUGAGAGGGAGCUAAGAUUGCGGUCCUGGCCAUCUGGCACCCAGGGUCCGUCCCCAGGACCUGUCAAAGUCUAGAAGCCUCGUUCGUGCCCAGGAGCCUCCGCCUGGGGCCAGGAGCAGGUCCCCCUGGGGAGCCCCGUGUGGAUGAGCAGGAGGAGGAGACCGGCCCUCUCGGAUCAUCAUCUCCUAGGUGCUGAUUAACUGACGAGAUGUAUGAUUCCAGUUCUGCACGCCCCAUCUCAAGGCCCUGCAGUGCCACUGCUAGUUGUAAAUGCCAAGGCACUUGGCUUUGGGACCUGACGACUCGGUCCAGAACAACGGUGUCAAGUGUGUUGGGCGCCGUGACUCGAGACAGCCUGCCAGUGGCUGGUCCUGGAUUGGAAACCAGCCUUCCCUCACUCUGCUGGGGAAGUGCUGAAGGAGGAACUAGGCACCUCACUCUCUCGGGCAAGAGCUAAGCGUACUGAGCAGCAGGCUGUUCUGGAGAGGUAACAGCGGCAGACAUGAUGGAGGAGUUGACCCAGGCCUUUCUUCAGCAGCCCCUGCUGCACUUGCUUUUUUUUCAACCGUUCACCAGCAUUCAAAACCAAAUCCGACAGCAGUGACCAGAUCAGUGGGCAUACAUACGCUGGUCUAAACCCCAGACCCGGGCAGGCAGCCCUGUGAGGGGCUAGCCCUGCUGCCUGACCUCAUCCUUCAAGCUGCAGGAACACCAAGCCCCCGCUGUCGCCUGCGGCCCCAGGGAGGGUCACCUGGGCCACUCUC